CGCAUCGGGCGGCGGCGUGCGCGCCGGACACCCUCUCGGUGGCCGCUCCUCGGCGGGGAGCCGGGCCCCCUGCUCCCCCCGGCCCUGCCCCGGGCAGCAGAGCCGCCGCCGCCACUAUGAAGCCGUGCGAGGAGGAGGAAGCAGGGGCGGCGGCGGCCGGCGGGGACCCCUGGAAGGAGUGCGCGGAGGUGGCGGUGCAGCUGGCGCUCCGCGCCGGGCAGAUUAUUAGAAAAGCUCUAACAGAGGAAAAACAAGUGUCCACAAAGACAUCUGCAGCAGAUCUUGUGACAGAAACUGAUCAUUUUGUGGAAAAUUUAAUUAUUUCUGUUCUGAAAGAGAAGUUUCCCUCCCACAGGUUCAUUGCAGAAGAAUCCACUGCUGCUGGUUCAAAAUGUGUCCUCACUGACAGCCCGACCUGGAUUAUUGACCCUGUUGAUGGAACGUGCAACUUUGUGCACAGAUUUCCAACAGUGGCAGUGAGCAUUGGAUUUGCUGUUAACAAAGAGCUUGAAUUUGGUGUAAUUUACCACUGCACUGAAGAACGGUUAUACACUGGUAGAAGAGGUCAAGGGGCAUUUUGUAAUGACAAAAGGCUUCAGGUAUCAAAAGAGACAGAUAUCUCGAAGGCCUUAAUUUUAACAGAAAUUGGUCCAAAACGUGACCCUGCAACUUUGAAAUUGUUCCUUGGUAACAUUGAGAGAUUGCUCAAGGCCCAAGCACACGGGGUCCGUGUCAUUGGGAGCUCGACACUGGCUCUGUGCCACUUGGCAUCCGGGGCUGCAGAUGCGUAUUACCAGUUUGGGUUACACUGCUGGGACAUGGCAGCGGCGACCGUCAUUAUUAGAGAGGCGGGUGGCACUGUGAUAGACACUUCAGGGGGACCUCUGGAUCUUAUGUCUUGCCGAGUGAUUGCUGCAGGCACCAGAGAGAUGGCUAUGUUCAUAGCUCAGGAAAUACAAACUAUUCACUACAGACGGGAUGAUGAAAAUUAAAUACUUAGAGCAUGGAGUCUGCCCUCCUGAACUACAUAACUUUUGCAAGAUGGGUGGCUUAAAGGGUAUGUGAUUUCAGCAGGAUGAUUUCUGUGGAGAUUUUCUGUGUCAAAUAUUUUUUAUAAAUUUAUUACAAUGUGGGAAGGCAUAGGGAGAUUUUUAAACUUCUAAGGAUCGUGUUUCCUUUUUAAUAUGUAUCUCUUCCAGCAGUAUCUUUUUAUAAGAUAGCAUAUUUUACUUGUAGUAAAUUGGUCUCAGAAUUAAGUUGUAAUUUCUUAUCUAUGGGGCUGAUAUUUAGACUUUUGUAACAUGCAGCUAAAAAUGGGACUUUAUUUUUACAGAUGCAGAUCUCAGGUAAAUAAGCUUUAGGACUGUAGUAAGGACAAGUAUUUAAGAUGUGUGCCUAUAAUACUCUUGUUCUAUGAUAAUUAAGAAUGCAAUAACAAUGACAUUAUUUUUUCCUAAUGACAUCAUAGCUAUAUAUCCAUAUAUAUGUGUAUGUACAUAUACAUAUGUCUGUGUGUAUGUGUGUAUAUCUAUACACCUAUACAUGUAUAUGCAUGUAUACUCACACAUACCCAUGUGUGUAUAUAUACAGAUGGGUAUCUUGGAUGUUUACAGCAAAUUAGAGAAUGCGUAGAAGAAAGCAAUAUUGGAAGUUACUUUUAGGUACAGAGUGUAAGUUAUGUGAUUUCAGUAGGUUCUAUCCAAAUGGCAAAUAACAGAGCUGAUGGUAGAAAAUGUUUAAUGAUUUUAUAACCUGUCCAGCUAGUUCUUGUUGCCCUUCAUCCCUCUGGCUGGGAAUAAAUCAUACUGUCCUAUAGGUCUCUGUAAGAUAUUCAAACUUGCAAACACUUACUACCAUAGAGUAAUUAUAGUUAAAACCAGAAAUAAUGAAGUCCACUGAGUUAUUCACAGUAUUAGCUCUGACACACAGUAGGAGACCAGCAGAAUAGAGCACAGUGUCAAAGAGCUAUUGACUUUAGAGAAACCUCGAGCAGAACAGCAGGAUUUUUCCACUUACAGGCAAGUUAUGAAAAAUAUGCACAUAUGAUAUGCUUGCAAAAGGUUGCAAAUCACAUGCCCUUCUCGCACAGUUUCAAUCGCAUUUUUUGAUCAGAGACCCGGUAGUAUAUAUUUCCUAAAUACACAGUUGUUCUCUGUCCUUAUGUCUAGCAUUGGUUUUAAUUCCACCAAGAUGAUUAUUUCUAUUUAGAUUAUUUUUUAAAUCAUGAGCACAGGCAAAAUAUAAGAGUGUCCAGAAAAGUAGUUGAGAUUAAAUAAAUUUCUAUUUUUAUCCUAAAAAAAUGAAUUAAAAUAUGUCUGCUUUUUUUUUUUUUGAGUGAAAAUUAAAUAAAGGAAUGAGCCAAAAUGGAACAGUUGGUUAAAAAUUUUUAACUUGCUUUUUAUACGGCAUGUGUAGACUUUGUAAACAUGUUCUGCGUAGAAAUACAAAGGAAACGAUAUUUUUUAAAAUUAAUCUUACAUGUGUUUCUUGCAAUGAAAAAUAUUUCUCACUGAAUAUAACAUAAAAUUCUGUGGGAUUUCUUGAUGAGUUUUUUUGCACAAGUCUUGACUGUGUGAAGAAUGUCUAAAUCCAACUAAGCAUUUAAGAGCUUUGAUGAUUCCUACCAGAAAACCAAUGCUGUCUGUCACAGUGAUCAACAUUUUGUCACUGCUCCCAUUUACCCCCCCACCCCCCACCUUUGUAUCCCCCACUUCAGAAACAGAGAUUGUAAGCCCUUUGGGGCAGGGACUGUCGUACUUGGGCUCUGGGUUUGCACAGUGCUAAUAGGAUGCGAUUCUGGUUCACGACUAGGCACUGAGGUGCUAUAAUAAUACAAAUAAUAAAUACUAAUAGGCUCA